GCCGCCAUUGCACGGUUUGUUUUACUCCAGAACGCGCAGAGUCUGCCGGUUCGCGUGGAUUUUAUCCGUGAAUAACUAGGUGAAAAGUUGUGAAGACUCACUUUGAGCAGUGUUUUGUGCAUCUACACGCCAACGCAGAGUGAUUUAGCGCACAGUGGCAAUGACGGAGGUGCAGGAAGGCAACAUCAUCAAACUGCGGGGUUUGCCGUGGAAUGUGACCGUGAAAGAGAUCAAGGAGUUCCUCAAGGACGUGGAGACUGUGAAUGGCGAGAACGGAAUCCACCUGAUCACGUCCCCGAGAGACGGCCGUCCCAAUGGGGAGGCCUUCGUGGAGUGCGCCAGCGAGAAGGACUUCAACUUGGCUUUUGAGUACAACAAGAAUGUCAUGGGGCAUCGAUACAUUGAGAGUGUGGCACGAGCGGAUGUCUGGGAACUCGAGGAGGCCAGACGUAGUUUGUGGACAGCCACUGCCGAGGAGAAAAGCCACGGCGGUGCUGAAUCCAGUCCUGAGAUCUCGUGCUCGAUGGGCAUUUCGGGGGCGCUUGCCGAUAGUAAUGCCGGCGAGGUGACAGAAACUGAGAAGAAGACGGAAGUUGUGGUGAAGCCCAAGCUGUCGAAGACGGCAAAGCGCCGCGAAGAGAGGCGCAGGCAAAGGCAGAGGAAAGUCCAGAGGAUAUCCUCUGAGGAGGAGAUCCACUCAGAAGAUCCUUCUCUUUUCGCUGCGAAACCCGAUGAAUUUGAGACAAUCAUGAGGAAACAAUGUGUCGUUCAGGCGGACACUUUCGUGAAACUCCGUGGAUUGCCUUACAGUGUUUCACCGGGUGAAAUUGAGACAUUCUUCGAGGGGUUGGAGCUAAAGCAGGACCGAGGCGGUAUUCAUAUUGUGAUGGACAACAGGGGGCGCGCAACGGGUGAAGCGUUUGUACAAUUCGUAAAUCCGGAUGACACUGAGAAGGCUCUGAAGAAAAAUCGGGAGAAAAUUGGGCACAGGUACAUCGAGAUCUUCAGGAGUUCGGCAUCUGAAUUUCGCCGGAGUACAUUCAAUAGCAAUCGACCUGGACCGUACGAUCGAAAUGAACGCGGUGGACCACGCAUGGGCUUCGGAGGUGGUGGAGGUUUAGGCAUGAUGCGCAACCGUGGCAACUUCAAGGGAGGCGAUCGAAAUAUGCCUCCUUAUCCUCCAAAUUGGUCUUUAGAUGAUGGACCUGGCGCGUGGAAGAGUCGUCCGUUUGACAAUUUCGGCGGCAAUAACUUCAAUGGCGGCGGCGGAGGCGGAGGAGGCCCGAACGGGGGCGGCGGCGGUGGUUUUGGCAACUUCGGCGGCUAUGUAUUUGAUGAUGAAGAAGGUGGAGGCGGCGGUGGCAAUGGGCCCAACUUCGGCGGCAAUGGAGGGAACUUUGGCAACUUCGGCGGCGGAGGCGGAGGUGGCGGUGGCGGCGGCUUUGGGGGCAACAGUGGCGGCGGCAGCGGAGGAAACUUUGGCGGUGCCGGAGGCAAUUUCGGAGGGAAUAACAACUUUGGGAACUUCGGAAGCCGCGGAGAUGACUUCAUGGGGCGCAAUGGCGGCGGUGGCGGUGGAGGUGGCUUUGGCGGUGGCGGCGGUGGCUUCAACAACGGCGGCGGCGGCGGAGGUGGAAACUUCGGCGGCAUGGGAAACCGCAACGGCGGUAUGGGGGGUGGAAAUGGCACGUGGGCGGGAGGCGAUGAGGAGGAGGGCGGCGAAGAGUACUGCGUCCAUCUGCGCGGCAUGCCGUAUUACUGCGACGAGCAGGACAUCUACAAGUUCUUCGCCCCGCUGAAGCCUAUCAAUUGCCAGGUGAUUUACAACAGCCGCGGAUUGCACUCUGGCGAGGCGGACGCCCUUUUCGCCACUCAAGCCGAGGCCAUGGCGGCAAUGUCAAAGCAUAAGGAGAAAAUGGGCUUUCGCUACAUUGAAUUGUUCUACAAUGCGUCGAACAAUGCUCGCAAGCGCGAGAGGAGGUUCUAAAGAGGGACAGAACAGAACUAAUUGAUUGAAUUAUUGGUUGAACAACAAUAAUCACUCUUAAUUCUAUAUCUACAAACUAAACAUAAAUCAAGUGUGUGAAUGCGUGAAUAGUAAUAAUCCCUCUAGAAGAUCAUUCGGUGGAAUGCUUUCACUUUAUAUUUCUUAUGUUCUCUUUUAUUUUAAUAUAAAAAGUCACAUUGCAUUUUUUUUUACAACAAUUAGAGUGACACAAUGGAUUGUACUUUAACGCAGAAGAGAAGAAAAAAAAGAGAAGAGAAUGAUUGGAAUUUUUUUUAGAAAUAUUUAGAUAGAACCAAAAUGGUUUGGUGUGAAAAAGAUAAAGUGGAAAUGUAUAAUGUAUUUCCGCAUAACAAUAUUCAUUAUUUUCUAUGUAAUAACUCACAUCAAAUGGAAAUAACAAAAUAUUGAUGACUUAUCUUAUGUAGUUGAUAUAAGUGAAGAAAGAAGAAGAUGAAAAAAAUCACAAUUAAGAGUUAAAAUCAUUUUUAAAUCAUUACAAUUAAGGAAAUGAUUGGAAUUUUUUGGUAUGUUUGUGUGAAUUGGCGAUGUUUUCUUUUUUUCUUGAUGUUUUCCUUCCUGAAGAGAAACAAGAUUUAUUGUGCGCCAUGAAGGAAAAGAAGAAAAAAGAAGAAGAUGAGAAACAAUGGAGAAAAAAAUGUUUUAUGAUCCAAUUUUAUAUAUUUUGUCUGGAAAAUCACAAGGAAAAUUAUUUUAUGUGACAUCCAGUGAUGAAUAAAUUACAAUGUAAUUUUUGUUUGUUUCUCUCUUUGACUUACAUAGUAAUAAAUAGACAUGAUAAUACGUAAUGAUUUUUAUUCUGCUGAUAUAAGAUAAUAAUUUUAGGGUCAAUUGUAUGAUUUUUUUUGUUUGGUACACUUUGCUAGAAAUAACAUAUUUCCCCCUUUGCACUUAUACAUAAUAUAUUUGGUAAA